GGCAGCUGGUCGUCUCUAUGGUAACAAGGGCACGUGAUAAGGGCUACCUGGGUCAGGUGGCUGUCUGACGUCAGGAGCAAGAUGGCGUCGCCCAGUGCUGUGCGGGUCCGUUUGCUGUUUGAUUUUCCGCCGCCCGCUAUCCCCCAGAGCUGCAUGUUCUGGUUCCUACUGGAUCGAAACCGGUACCGGGUGGUUGCCGAUCUCGCCAGUGUCAUACGAGACCGGUUCUUUUACGGCCAGCGGGGUGGUCUCAGCCUCUACGUGGAGGAAUGUCUGCUGCCCCCCGGGGAGAGCGCCCUGGUGGUGCGGGACAACGACUGCAUUAAAGUUAAAUGGGAUGCCAGUCCCUGGGAAGAGGAUACCGGAUCAACUACCAGGAUUGUUUGUCAGAGAAAAAAGUCCAAAAAAAGAAGUUGUGAGAAUUCUGACAAGGAAGAAGGUGAAAGUGGCGGCUCUGUGACAAGGAAAGCAAAGAAACCGAGGCGACGUUCAUCGUUUCGGGAAGAUCUGGAAUCAUUACUGGAUCCAGGCUCUGAGAAAAGGAGUAAGAAAAAAAAAGCUUCAAACGGCUGCACAAAUUCUAACAGCUCUACGAAGAGACCCAAAAAAAGACAGAAGAGAGACCUGAAGGAAAAGACAGGCGCAGACGAUACCCAGAGACCGACAUGGAAAGCACCAGAAGAUAAAAGGACCGAGGGGACAACCUCCAGCGAAGGGUCUGAUGCUUCAUCAGAGAGCAGCCACGAGUCCCAGAAGGGUCACAGAGCAGCCACCGGACGGGACACUCCUUCCACUGGUGUUUCUGUGUCCCCUCGCGUGGCUAACGCAGCAGCUUCUGGAAAGGUGAACGCUGUGUCCUCGACUGGUCCCGACACAGACUCCAGGAGAACAUCAUCCUUGAAAGGUCCUGAUUUACCUUCGCAGCGAACACUUUGCGCCUCGAGCAGCGAUUCUUCGGACUCUGACACUUUGGUUAUAAAAAAAGCACUUCCCGGGGCUGAUCCCCCAAACAAAGGUCUGCUAUCGGAAAAGGUACACGAGGGGCCGCUGGCUAAUCCCCAAGCGCUGGGCCGGGGGCUUCCCAGAGGAAGAGGUGACUUUUCAUGGAGGGCUCAGAGGGGACACUUUUUCAGGCUGAGAGGAGGUUCCAGAAACCAUGGAAGAGGGAGAGGCGAUGGUAAUAACUACUAUUACAGCUACAACGCAGACGGCCAGAAGCAACAACAGCUGAACGAGUCUGUGUCAAACCACUCCACCGUCAUCCAGAAUCCCCUGCCCGUUAAGACACGGGACUACGGCUCGCUCCCUUUGCUAGCUGCUCCUCCGCAACUUGGAAGAGUCAUCGCGUUUAAACUGCUUGAAUUAUCUGAGAAUUACAGCCCAGAAGUCUCUGAUUACAAGGAAGGAAGGGUCCUGAGUUAUGAUCCUUUAACAGAACAGCUGAAAUUGGAAAUUCUUUCGCAUCCGACCAAAGAAAAGGAGCCAGGGAAGUUUGAUCUCGUGUAUGAAGCUGAGGAUGGCACGAACAUCGUAGAGUAUGCGGUGCCUCUGGACACUAAGAUAACGCAGAGUUGGAGUGCUCUGAUUGAGCCCAGGCUUAUCGUGGAAGAAGGCGUGGAGCCGAAUCUGCCGAGUCCUCCACGGCCGUCACCAAAUUAAAUAUUUGCUUUUCUCUGGGCUUUUAUUGCUGAACCAUCGUGACGAAUGAUGGUGCUUUUAGGAACGGUUAUGUUGUUGCUCCAUUUCCUGCAAACUGACUUUUACUGAGUGGAUGUCGCCAAUUCCAUUUGUUUCAAGUUUUUAAUAAAGACAAUUUUCACGUUUA